UUCGAUCUUGCAAGGAAAUAUCUGGAAGUGGGAAUUGAUAGGAUAUUAUACGUCGAUGAGUGCAGCCCGAUUUUACCCGGAUAUUACUGCAACUACUCGGAAGCACUCUACCACUGCGGAAAGAGAGAAGAAGCAUUAGAAUAUGCCAAAAAAGCGGCGAAUUUCUCGCGCUCUGAAUCGAAAGAACUGCAGAAUUACACAGCCCGAUUCCUUCGCGAUAUGGAACGAGAUUACAGGCGGCGCCGAUGA